AUGUUUGAAAAAAAAAAUGGUGAAUUACUCGAGUUAAAAUUACAUCGUACCGUUCAUUUUCAUCAAAAUAUAUUAGAAUUUUACGGAAUCACAAAGAAAGAUCCUGCUAUACAAGCAGGGGAAAGAGAAGAAGUUAUUGAUAAAACCCCUAUUGAAUAUAGCAACUUAUAUAUGGAUUGUUGGAAAGGUGAACCCGACGAGCGCCCAAGUAUACAGGAAGUUGCUUCGGCCCUUAAAUCCCUUAAACAAAGAAAUUUCAGAUAUAAACAAGGACUUAAUAAUAACAAAUUUCAUUGA